AUGGCUUCUUCAAAGGAUAUCCCUCAGCAUUCCUCGAGAGCUCUCAGCCAGCAUCGCCUUUCCACGUCUACAAAUUCUGCCUCCCUCCCCAAAUCCCAGGCGAAAAACCAUUCCCACUCUGUAUCCUCCGGAUCCCUCAUUGCCAACCAUAGGGUGUCCCGCAGGAAGAGCGUAACGUCGAAUACUGCCAGCAAUGUCGCGGCAAUGGUAGCUGCUGCCAGAGAAGCUGGAAACAUGGGAAUGCCGAUUGCGGCUCACCGAAACACAAUGUCGAAAAAUGGCUCUGGCAAAAUCCCGGCGCUCGGGAGCUUGCCCUCUCCACCUGCCAGCUUGUCCGGCCAAAGAUAUCGAUUAUCUUCGACUGGGAAGUUAGAUCGCGGCGAGAGUGCAAUCGACGACGACCAGCUCGACGAUAUAGACGUGAAAGAUGGAAGUGGGUCCCACCAAUCUCGCGUAAGGAGAGCUAGUGAGGGGCACCACCUUACCAAAGAUGGCAAGAAGGCCCAUGGAGGCGACCUCAAGUGCGAGAAGUGUGGAAAGGGAUACAAGCACAGCAGCUGCUUGUCCAAGCAUUUAUGGGAGCAUACUCCAGAAUGGUCUUUGACUUCAAAGUUGCUUAUCUCUAAGCAUCAACAAGUCCAGCUUUUGGAAGCUGCCUCGGUCCUGGUGGCCAUGAAUCAGGAUGGUAUCACGCCUCCAGAUUCGGCGAAGGACUCUCAAAGCGACCAAGAAGAGUCUGCCUCUCCCGCUCCAUCCGGAUCGUCGGAUCUCCAUGAUGGCACAAGCUCCGCCGACACCACCCCUCCACCAGGAGCAGACAUGUUCAAUGUCUACAGCAGUGGCUCGUACACUGGACGACACAAGAGAUAUAGCAGUGGAUACAGCUUCUCAAGGUCGUACCAGUCCACGCCUGGAACCAAUCAACUCCACAAUGGGAGCAUCCCUGACAGCUCUACCUUGGGUAUUCAUCGUCAACCAAGCCAGGAAAGGCGUCCAACGUCGUCUGGCAUCAACCGCAAUCAAGAAGAUUAUGGGCUGGCAGCUGCCGUUGAGCUUCUCUCUUGCAGCUUCGGGAGCACGGGAACUCCCAGGAGCGUUCCCGUCACUCUCCUCGAGGAUGCUCCACCUGUACCUCACAUCCCUGAGCGCUACCUAAACGAGGCCUUCUCGGGCACCACACUGACUCCAAAUUACCACCCUCGUCAGACUGAAAGCUACACCCGCCACCAAGUCCAUCGUGAUGGCGAUAUAAAGAUGGAGGAGAGCGAGGAAAGUAUCGCUGACGACGAGGAGUACGACCGCCGUUUUCGUGGACGUAGCGACGAAGACGACGAUGGCGUCUUUGGAAGGAUGGAGGAAUGA